UGGCAUCAUUCUUCAUUCAUCCACAAUAAACAGCAAAGGUCCAACGGACUUGAAACAUGGGCUUCAUCACCAAACAACACCGAGAAGAAUUCCAGUUGGAGGCACGGACGCAUCGGAGCUAGUGUCUGGCGACGGGGCGGCUAGCUACAGCGGGGACAGUGGCCUAGCAGGAGCUGGGGAAUGGGGAUAUGAAGCUAGGUGUCCGUUUGAACCAUGUGUGUGUGUUGCAUGAUGUGUAGGCGGAGGUGUUUUGGUCUUAAAUUUGCCUCAAAUAUUCAGUUGGUGUAAUGACAACAAUUUAGGAUCGGAGAGAGUAGUUCAAAGAGCAAGUGGGCAACAAAGGUGGGGCAAAUAAUCCAUUACAAGGAAAGAAACGGCAAAUCCUCAAAGUACUGGGAAACCAAGGAUGAACAGUCAAAUUCCCCAUAAACAAAUAAAUAAAUAAUGAGAAUGCCAGUUGCUGUGAUGUUCGCUAUUCCAUGCUUAUGCGCUUGGUCAGCUGUUAUGCAAGCAUCCAGAACAAUGCUAUUUAUCCAUCUAUGAUGUUGUUUCAAUCAUUUUUUGUCCCUUUGUUCUGUUGCAUUUAGUGCCUUGGUAUGGGCCUAGAAGUGGAGUGAUUGCUCAGUUUUUUCAGGAUGCCAUGUGACACCUGGUUUUGGUAGCUAUGGAGCUGAUAUUUGUACCUGCACAAAAAUUAGGUUAAGUUACCAUAAAUUUCUGAAGAAAUGGAAUUGGGAGACAAGGCGAUUGGCCUUGUGUUGACCAUGACAAGUUUAUCCAUAUUCACCUACUAUACUUUCUGGGUCAUAAUCUUGCCAUUUGUUGACGACGAUCACUUUGUCCAUGAGUACUUUCUGCCUCAAGAAUAUGCCAUCUUCAUCCCGGUGUUAGCCGGUGUAGUGCUCCUUUCAUUCUUGAGUAUAUUUGUCGGUCUCGUGAUGCUGAAUUCAAAGAAAAAGAAGAAGGCCGCUUGACUGACUGGCAUUUCUACUGCCGAUCUGAUCUGAUGGAGUUUCUGGCUGUAGAAGUCUAUAUAUAGAACUUGGUACAAGUUUGGCUUUUGUGGAUGAUUUCAUUCUAUCAAAUUGCCUUCACUUGUAAUUUAAGGUUUUCUCUUGGCACAUCUGUCCUCACUUGAAACUUCUAACAGAUAUUUGCAUGUUCUUGGCUAAUUCUU